ACUGUCUUUACAAAUUGAGGGUAAAUGUUGAACUAGCUGUACACUACCAGUCAAAAGAUUCAUUAAAGCUUAUGCUUAAAUGCUUGAAAUUAGUUUUAUAGAGAAAUAUGAACUGGUACUAUAUGAAAUGAGAAUGUGUGUCCAUACCAUUGACUGGUAGUGUAUAUAUCAGACCUGAGAUUAUAAUCUUAAUAUUGAUUAACUGAUUCACCCUUAAAGGUUUUGGAUGAAAUCUGAGACCAGCAAUUGUUUAUUUUAAAUGUGUUCUUUAUUGUAAUGAUUAGGUUUUGCCCCCACCAAUUUAAAUGAAGAUAGAACAUCUAACAACAACACUAUACAGAAAUGAACUCAGACUAAGUGCUAAAUCUAAUUUUAGAAGAUUAUUUGCCUUAUCAGGUCUCUGUUAUUGGGUUCAAUUUAUUUUCAACUUCCCUCGUGAAGUGCUCUGAUUUUUCUUUUUUUUUUUGUCAUAUUUUAAGACAUUUUGUUGCAUAUUUAUUCUGUCUGUAAAGUGUUUUACAUAGAAAUUUUGAUCAACGCCAAAAAAAUUAAAAUAAAAUAAAAUAAAAUAAAAGACAGCUUUUUCCACAAUUUCAUUAUCUAUGUGGAUACCUUAAAUUUCUAUUUUCAUGGUCUAUUUCAAGUUAACUAGACUGACUUCAGUACCAUUGCUGAUAAUUGCCUGCAUUCAGAACAUUACAAGCAGCUCUGGACUUUAGUCCAACACCCCCCAAACAUCCCUGUGCAAGGCCGUCUAAUCUAAGAGUCCUGUUUCCUGCUCAAAUCUGUAAACAUGCUGCUGCCCAUGCUAAGCUACCAGUAGACAAUGAGCAAACAUCAAACAAGAUAACAGAAUAGCUGAUGAAUGAAUAGAUGAAGAGAAAUAAAUUGGUGAUGGAAAAGAGGUUUUUAAAGCACAUUUGUUGGUGUUGUUGAUACAGUGCUGUCUGGACUUUAUCAUAUUUAACAUUAUUAUUUACAAUUUUUUGCACAUCUUCUAAUAUAGACUGUACUCGCAUUGGGACUUCACACAUUAUGAUAACAAUAGUUUCAUUCGUCUAUUUAUUUAGAGCGCACCGGGGCUAGUUGUCACAAGGGUAAUAUCUCAGUAACUGUAUGGUUUUGAGUAAAAAGUCAAAUUACACAAAUGUGUGGUUUCAUAUGCUGGUUUCAGACAUCUAGUUCAAAACUGUCUUAAAUUAGAAAAUGUUUUGUGAAUUCUAUCUUUCCAACUAAAUUCAUAUUUUUGUUAUUGCUCUUAUAUAAACUAGUGAAAACAAUAAAACCAUACUGGCAUGCAUUCAGGCAAGGGUCAACUAUAUAAUCAAGGUAGAUUUUAAUUGAAAGGUUGAACAGUGUUCUCAGGACUAUGGUAUUUAAUUUUUAUUUAUUUAUUAAUAACAAUAUUUUUUUGUAUGUUAACUUAUACAUUCUUGCUGUUUCAUUAAUUAUUUUGUGUUUCAUACCAUUUUUAUACUGUGCUACAAGUCUAUAAUAGGCUGUUAAAUGGCACGUUCCAGUGUGACAACUUACCCCAUACGUUUGACAACAUGCUCUAAGGUCCAGAUAUUCUCUGUGAAGCUUGAGAAUCUGACUGUUCAGAUGAGAGAGGGAACAGAUCCUGAGAUGAACAUGUCAGUCGGCGGCUACCUUUCCGCAUCAGACACGUUUGACAUUACUGAGCCGCCACAGUACUAUGAUGUUCUUAUGGAUCCACUGGGCUGCUCUUACCAGGAUCCAGAUCUACAAAGUCCUCUCUAUGGCCAGCAGCCGUUUAGCUCUGUCAAUGUGCAAUUCUCGAUGUAUGGCGUGCCAAACGCUCAACAGUGUAACCCACCCUACCACUACAGUCACCAAUGCUCUGAGUACAUCUGUGAGCCAGACAUGGAGAUCCAAAGCCCAGCAAGGGGCAGCAUUGUUAGUCUUCCCCUGAUGAAGAGGCCCAGGAUGGGCCAUGGAGUUCGCGUGAAGGGUCAGGACGAGCUCUGUGUGGUGUGUGGCGAUAAGGCUUCAGGAUAUCACUACAACGCCCUCACCUGUGAAGGCUGCAAAGGUUUCUUCCGAAGAAGCGUGACUAAAAAGGCGGUGUACCGCUGCAAGAGCGGUGGAAGCUGCGAGAUGGAUAUGUACAUGCGGAGAAAGUGUCAGGAUUGCAGACUGCGCAAAUGUAGAGCCGUUGGAAUGCUGGCAGAGUGUCUGCUUACGGAGGUGCAAUGCCAAUCAAAGAGACUGAGGAAGGGCUCCAAGCACAAAGGACACAAUGGAUCAGCAGGGAGAACUGAGGAUGACGACUGUUCUGAAAACAGAAGCGUCUCAUCUACAAGCAGAUUCACUACACGGGUAUCAUCCGGUCUCUCCAGAGAGCAGAGAUGCAUUGUGAAUAAAAUUGUUGAGGCUUAUCGUAGGUACAUAGUUCAAGACAGCCUGCUCUGCCGGGUGCCUCUGUGGUCAAGUUUAACAAACAGUGUAGACUUGACCCCUCCACAGACGGAGAAGCUCUUGCAGUUUUCGAGAAGUGUACCUGGCUUUGAGCUUUUGGAAAGUUCUGACCAGAACACUCUGCUGUCCAGCUCUUCAGUUGAAGUCAUGUUCCUGCUCUUAGCUCAACAGUUCUCCGAGAAUCCCACUAGCGUUAGCACUGCUUUGCAUCCUGUAAGUUUGAAUAACUCAAAUCCAGAUUGGGUGAAAACAUUAGAGUCCAAGACUGGUAAUAACCUAAGGAUACCGACACACUCAGGGCUGAACGAUGAGCUCCUGAGAUCUGUGGUAAAUUUCCUCCACAGUAUGAUUGCCAUAGCAGUAAGCGAGGCUGAAUAUGCACUUCUAACCGCAACUGCAGUGCUAUGUUCAGCAGACAGGCCAUCUCUGCGUGCUGUGGGCUGUGUGGAGAACUUACAGGAGUUUGUUUCGGGGCUCUUGUCCAGAGUAUGCUGCUGUAGUCAGGGGGCAGUGCAGGACCCACGUCGCUUUGCCCGGCUCCUGGGGCGACUGACCGAGCUGAGAACACUGCGACACAACCACCUCACCCUUCUCCCACAGCAGCCAUGGGACAUGCAGUCCUGAGACAGCCUUCAGGGAGAGAUUUAUCGCAUCUCAUCUGUUGCAAUACACUUUUUAUUUUGCCCCAACACAAUAAUCCAGGUCAAUGUACUGUUGGCUACUCAUGUGCAAACACUUUAUUUUUAAAAUAAAAAUACUUUUUAAGCCAUCUUAUAUUCAGUAAAUAAAUGUUUGCUGCCUUUUAUGAAUGAUA